AUGUUAUCAUGGAUCCGGAUACCAGCUUCCUGCUCUUGGACCGUCGAAUCGACUCAAAAGUCAUCCGCCUCGUGCAACGACACCACAUGCACCAACUCCUUCCUCCUUCCCUCCUUCCUCCCUUCCCUCCUUCCUCCCUUCCCUCCUUCCUCCCUUCCCUCCUUAAUCCCUUCCCUCCUUACUGCCUUCCCUCCUGAAUCCCUUCCCUCCUUACUCCCUUCCCUCCUUACUCCCUUCCCUCCUUACUCCCUUCCCUCCUUACUCCCUUCCCUCCUUACUCCCUUCCCUCCUUACUCCCUUCCCUCCUUACUCCCUCCCCUCCUUCCUCCCUUCCAUCGUCCCCUCUCACCUUUGCCCAAAAGUCACAUGCACCACCUCCUUCCCUCCUUACCCUUAGAAAGAGAUCUCUGGGCCUGGUGUGAGCUUUCCCGUUUUGGCCGCGGCUCCGGCUAUGGCUGGUCGGUCCAUUUGGAUUUCGACUACCUCCCCUUCGAUGAUUUCUGUCUCCACUUUGAUCCUCACACCUAUUGCCUUGCGAAAUGCCUGGUGUUGGGGGAAAUAGACAGGGGCAUGAGAGGAGAGGGAGAGGGUGAGGGAGAGGGUGCCGGAGAGGGUGCGGGAGAGGGUGCGGGAGAGGGUGCGGGAGAGGGUGCGGGAGAGGGUGCGGGAGAGGGUGCGGGAGAGGGUGCGGGAGAGGGUGCGGGAGAGGGUGCGGGAGAGGGGUGCGAGGGGGAGAGGGUGCGGGAGAGGGUGCGGGAGAGGGUGCGGGAGAGGGUGCGGGAGAGGGUGCGGGAGAGGGUGCGGGAGAGGGUGCGGGAGAGGGUGCGGGAGAGGGUGCGGGAGAGGGUGCGGGAGAGGGUGCGGGAGAGGGUGCGGGAGAGGGUGCGGGAGAGGGUGCGGGAGAGGGUGCGGGAGAGGGUGCGGGAGAGGUCCCGCACCAGCAUCAUGGCUGCUCUCUCCUCCGCCACCGCGGCUUCCGCCGCUUCCGCGUUCGUCGGCUCGAGCGCGGAGCUCGCGGCGAAGGUCCGCAACGUGGAGUGUCGCGUCACGAUGCGCAAGACCGUCAGCAAGGCCGCUGACAACCUGAGCCAGUGGUACGGCCCGGAUCGCAGCCUCUUCCUCGGCCCGUUUAGCUCACCUCCCGCGUACCUGAAGGGCGAGUUUCCCGGAGAUUACGGGUGGGACACUGCGGGAUUAUCAGCGGAUCCCGAGACCUUUGCGAAGAAUCGCGAGCUGGAGGUGAUUCACUCGCGCUGGGCCAUGCUCGGCGCGCUUGGCAUCGUCUUCCCCGAGCUGCUGGCACGCAACGGCGUGCCGCUGCAAGAGGCGGUGUGGUUCAAGGCGGGCGCGCAGAUAUUCUCCGAGGGCGGGCUCGACUACCUGGGCAACCCCGCGCUCAUCCACGCACAGAGCAUCCUCGCCACGCUCGCCGUCCAGGUGGUGCUGCUGGGCGCGGUGGAGAGCUACCGCGUGGGUGGGCUCGAGGGAUUUCAGGAAGUUGAAGAUCCGAUCUACCCGGGCGGCGCGUUCGACCCGCUGGGCUUGGCUGACGAUCCCGACGCGGCGGCGGAGCUGAAGGUGAAGGAGCUCAAGAACGGGCGCCUCGCGCAGGUGUCGGCGCUGGGAUUUUUCGUGCAGGCCAUCGUGACGGGCAAGGGGCCCCUCGAGAACCUCGCGGACCACCUCGCGGAUCCGACGGCGAACAACGCGUGGGCCUACGCGCAGAACUUCGUCCCCGGGGCUUAG